AUGCCGUUCAUCACGGAAGCAUACAGAAUGCAAGACGAAUCCUCUCGCGCGGAGAUGGCUUCUCACGCCGAUACAUCUUCUUGCGACGAUGCUUCUUCUUGCGACGAUGCUUCUUCUUGCGACGAUGCUUCUUCUUGCGACGAUGCUUCUUCUUGCGCCGUCACUUCCUCUGGCGCCGUCACUUCCUCUGGCGCCGCCACUUCCUCUGGCACCGUCACUUCCUCUGGCACCGUCACUUCCUCUGGGGCUGACAGUUCUCGUGCAGUCACUCUCUCUGGCACUGACAACCCUUCUUCCGCCAACACUUCUGACGACCAGCUUCUUCCUGUUGACGUCCUGUGGCUCUCUGGCAAGCAUCAUCUUGUUGAUCCCCUGGACGUAUAUGCCUUGGCACAAGCGGACAGACGCUUGUGGAAUGCUCUGAAGCACGAGAUCGCCAUCGCUGACAUCUUGUGGGCCAAGGCUAACGAAACCACACACCAUGAACAUGGCGUCAAUGGUCUUAAAGUCGAAGAGGACCAUCUCCUCGAGCUGUACAUGAGACGUCGCCCGUUGCCCGCAGGACUGCUGUUGCAAUGGAACAUUACACACGGCCGGAUCGAAGAAGCUCAUAGAAUCAUCGACGUCGCCCAGGAAAUAUGGCCAGGCUACCUGGACUGCAAGAACGCACGGGGACAGUCACCUAUCCAUUGUGCCGCUCUUGGACACCUGGCCAUCGUCCGUCAUCUCGCCGACGCCAGCUGUAGACCCGACGCAUGGGCAAUACAGGAAAUCGACACUAAGGAAGACGGACGCCGAGUCCAUUCUAUGCAGGAGUUGACUCACCCUUUCGACCGUCUCGACAGUCGAUUUCUCAACAGCGUAGAUACGACUUACUACGCGAAUGCUCUUGGCUUGGCGAUGCUCGGUGGCCACACUGAUAUCAUCGAUUUCCUUCUUGCACGAAUCGCCGAAGAACUGCGCGCGGGGCAGCAUGGAGGACAAGCUACAAUCACAUGGCAAGGAGGUGAUGAUCUCCUGUGCCCUCUAACGAUUGCAGUGCUGAUCCAGUCUACCGAUAUGCUCGAAAAACUCCUGGACAUGGGAUUCGACCCAGACGUCACGGUGGAGCAGUUCCUGGGUGCAUACCCCCUUCACUUGGCGGCGGCGAGAGUGAACAAUGAUCGUGCCAUCAAUUUGCUGGUACAGCACGGUGCGAUGGUCGAUUUCAGGGACCAUGUAGGUCGAACGCCACUGAUGUGGGCUGCACUCGGCAGUUCUCCCACCUCAUGUGAGGUCCUCCUGGAGGCUGGAGCAUCCCUGCUCUAUCUAGACGACUACGACGCUUAUCCGCUCGACUUCAUGCUUUCAGACGAACGCCUCUUCGAAGUGGCCAAACCCUAUUUGGACUUUUUGUUCUCAAAGAUCCACAUGCGCGACUUGGUCAAUGUGCUCUUCAAGGCAGUACUCUACGCACCGCAGAGUUCUUUCCCGGCAAUCAAGUACAUGAUCGCGAACGGAGUAAGACUAGACUGGAGAUUUGAAUGGGUGCAGUACGGUCAAGACGUGUUCCCCCUGUACGCCUACCCCGAACACACAAGCUUGGAGCAAGUCGGUACCCUGCUGCAUGCAGCAGUCAAUCCCGGAAAGGAGGCUUACAACGAAGAGCUCCUACAUCUGAUCCUUGAGAAAGGAGGUGUGGUCAAUGUCAACCGAGCAAACGCCAAUGGCGAGACGCCCCUCCAGGUCGCCACCACCGACUCGGCCAGGUUGAUUCUCAUCAAAGUCGGAGCCUCGUCGGAGACCCUCGUGCACGAAGAACUCCGCGCGGACGAUCAACUUGAAGAUAGCGAUCUUGAGUGCGCUUCCAACUGGAGUGACAGCGACGGCGAGGCGGAGGAGCAGCAGGUGGACGACUAUGAUCUUUACGAGUAUGACGGCGGUGAUGAGGAUGAUGAUGGCUUCUCCGUCGAGGAGGACGGCGAAGACGGAUCUGAUGAUGAUCAAUCGGACUACUAG